UCACUCACUUUACCCAAUCAAUAUUUCAUUCUUUAUAGCCGUUGCAGCCUCUCUCUCUCUCCCUCACACAACUACAAUGACGACGACCACAGAAAACGCCGCCGUUUCACAUUCCGACGCUUCUUCAAUCCCCGCUGCGCUGGAUCCAAUUACCGCAUUUUCUUCUCUGAAGCGGAAGCGACCGCCGAAGAUUGAGAUCCCAAACGUCCUGCAAGAAAUUAAAACCGAGAAGCAGCGUGACUUGGCGCCGCGAAACGGCGUCGUUUGCUUCAGUGGGAUCGGAGUUGGGGUCUCCUCCGCCAAAGGCAAGAAGAAGUUUAUGGAAGACGCGCAUAAGAUUGUUUCUUGCUUACAAGGCAACUCAAAGAGAGGUUUCUUUGGGGUUUAUGAUGGGCAUGGUGGUAGUAAGGCUGCAGAGUUUGCUGCUGAGAAUUUGCACACUAACGUUCUUGAAAUGAUGGAAGCUUGUGCAGAAAAAGAAGAGGCCUUUAGAGCUGGGUAUCUGAAAACAGACCACGAGUUCUUGAAACAGGGUGUAGGGAGUGGUACCUGCUGUGUAACUGCCUUAGUCGAUGAGCAGGAGGUGGUUAUUUCGAACGUGGGAGAUUGUAGGGCUGUUCUCUCCAGAGGUGGAGUGGCCGAAGCACUUACAAGAGAUCAUACUGCGGCACAGGAGGGCGAACGCCAAAGAAUACAGGAUAAGGGAGGAUAUGUGGAGUUCCACAGAGGAGCAUGGAGGGUCCAUGGGGUUCUUUCUGUUUCAAGAAGCAUAGGAGAUGCUCAUCUGAAGAGCUGGGUGCUGGGUGAGCCUGAAACAAAUGUCUUACAGCUGACUCCAGAUAUGGAUUUUGUUGUCUUAGCCUCGGAUGGACUGUGGGAAAAGGUUGGCAACCAAGAAGCAAUUGACAUGGUGACACGAACAUGUUCAGUUCAGAAGAAAAUGGCACCCCCAGGAAACGGAUUGAAAGAUAAUGAUGAAGACCAUCUGUGUGUCAGUGUGAGCCCUUCAUCAAAGUUGCGAAGGACCUUGUUGGUUAAGGAGCCAAAGGUGACCCAAUCCCCAGGAGAACUCCAGAAAGAUAAUAAUGAUGAGAGUGGCUGUGUUAGUGCAAGCCCUUCAUCAAAGUUGCAAAGGAUUUCAUUGGUUAAGCAACCAAAAGGGACUCGAUCCCCUGGAGAACUACUGAUAGAUAAUAAUGAGGACUAUGGCUAUGUCAAUGUGAGCCCUUCAUCGAAGUUGCAAAGGAUUUCAUUGGUUAAGCAACCAAAAGGGACUCGAUCCCCUGGAGAACUACUGAUAGAUAAUAAUGAGGACUAUGGCUAUGUCAAUGUGAGCCCUUCAUCGAAGUUGCGAAGGAUUUCCUUGGUUAAACAGCCAAAAGGGAUGCAAUCUCCUGGCUAUAAGAAGGCACUCUUUGGCUCUAAAGAUGCUGAUAAUGACUUUUCAAGUGAAAAUGAAAGCCCCCCAUCAAAGUCAAGAAGACUAUCAAUGUUAAAACGAGUAAACAUGAAGACUGAAUCUCCCAUAAAAGAGAAGUGUGGAUGUAAAAUCAGACCUACCUGUGGUGAGAACGAAUUUGCAAGUGAAAACGAAAGCCCUCCAUCAAAGUCAAGGAGAAUAUCAUUGGUUAAGCGAGUAAACAUGAAGAGUGAAUCUCCCAUAAAAGAGAACAGUGGAUAUAAAAUGAGACCUGCUUCUGGUGGACUGGUGACUGCUUGCAAGGAGCUUGUGAACCUUACUUUGAGUAGGGGUAGCUUGGAUGACAUCACCGUAAUGAUAAUUGAUCUCAAUCAUUUUAGAUGCAACAGUGGAUAGGCCUAGGUCAGUUGACUGGGAAACCCUGCACUUGCAGAAAGCUAUACAUAAAGCUGUUGAUGGUCUAAUCCAUGCUGAGUAUACGUUAGAUUCUUUAACCAGGUAGUCAUUUUCUCUCUCUGUAAAAGCUUAAUGAUCUCGCGCCACCUGAAGCUGAGUCUAAUAUAAUCUGAAUUACCUUUCUUUCAUUAGUGCUUCUUGCUCAGCUUUGGUUGUACAAUGUGCGGAUAUAUAUAUAUAUAUAUAU